AUGAACGCCGCGGUGGUGAAGCGGACGCAGGAGGCCCUGGGGAAGGUGAUCCGGAGGCCUCCGCUGACGGAGAAGCUGCUGAGCAAGCCCCCGUUCCGCUACCUGCACGACAUCAUCACGGAGGUGAUUAGGAUGACCGGUUUCAUGAAGGGUCUCUACACAGACGCUGAGCUGAAGUCCGAUAAUGUUAAGGAUAAAGAUGCAAAAAUUAGCUUCCUUCAGAAGGCCAUAGACGUGGUGGUGAUGGUUUCAGGAGAGCCACUGUCCGCAAAACCAGCGCGGAUCGUGGCAGGGCACGAGCCUGAAAGAACAAACGAGCUGCUCCAGAGAAUUGGAAAAUGCUGUCUCAGCAAGCUCUCCAGCGACGAGGCGGUGAAGAGAGUGUUAGCUGGAGAGAAGGGGGACCCGAAGGGAAGGACCUCACUGACGUCAAAAGCUCGGGAAUUGGACAAUAAGAAUGCACGAGAAGAAGAGCCCAGAGUUCAUAAAGAUAAAGAGGAUAAAAGGAACUCUGAAAUAAACGAGAGAAGUACAAGCAGAGAUCAAAAACAGAAAGAAGUGAGGGAAGAAAGCAAAGCGAAGGAGAAGACGAAGAACGACCGUGACAGACAUAAAGACCCUGAGCGGGACAAGCACCGGGAGGGGGAGAGAGAGCGAGCCAGAAACCGGGCCAAGCAGGGCAGAGACCGAGGCGACAGGGACCUGGACCGCGCGGGAGAGAAGAGGAACGAGGGCGGAAAGGAGGAAGAGCGGGGGAAAGGGCGGGACAAGGCCCAGGACAGGGACAGGCGGCGGGUGGAGGACGGGGAGCGCUCCAGAGACCCCGGCAGCGAGAAGAGCAGGGGGCACGACAGACCCGACAGAAAGUCCUCAAGCUCAGGGGAGGUGUCUAAAAAGCUGCCAGAUGGAUCUUUGAAAGAUUCCAAAGCUGAAACAGAGACUGAGAUUUCCACUAGAGCAUCCAGGUCAGUGACAACAAAAGCAUCAAAACGGCGAUCCAAAAAUUCAAUGGAAGGAAGAAAGGAAGAUACUAUUUCAGCUAAAAUGUUAGAUCCCAUAGUGUCUGGAUUAAAUCAUGAAGCAGAUCAGGAAACUGCAACUUCAGAAAUCGGAACAAAAGAAGCUAAUACUAACUCAGCUAGUGUUUCAGAUGAGAAUUCCGCUAGUCUGUGGCGUGAGAACGUUGAGCCAGAACCAGCAGUGAAGCAGAAAGGCGGCUCCCCUAGUGAUGCAGAAGGAGAAGUGGGACCUUCUGGCCCAGAGAAGCCCGAGGUGUCUGAGAGUUCUGAGCUGCCGAGUGAGCUUCCAGCCAACAUCAGAAGAAUACCUCGGCCUGGGAGUGCGAGACCAGCACCUCCCCGGGUGAAGCACCAAGACAGUGUGGAGGCCCUGACACCAGACCGGACAGGGAGUGGUAAACUCGUUGCCAGCGUGAUUGUAGAUGCCCGGAACUCUGACAAUGAGGAAGAUGGUCAGUUUGUGGUGGAGGCUGCCCCCCAGCUUCCUGAGAUGUCAGAACUGGAAAUGGUCCCCGUAGUAGACGUGGAGGCCGAGGAGAAACACGGAGGACUUGUGAAAAAAAUUCUGGAGACCAAGAAAGAUUAUGAGAAGUUGCAGCAGGCACCCAGACCUGGAGAGAAGGAGAAAUCGCUUGUCUUUGAGUCAGCGUGGAAGAAGGAGAAGGACAUAGUUUCCAAGGAGAUCGAGAAGUUACGUGUGUCCAUCCAGACCCUGUGCAAGAGCGCGCUCCCCCUGGGGAAGAUCAUGGACUACAUCCAGGAGGACGUGGACGCCAUGCAGAACGAGCUGCAGCUGUGGCACAGCGAGAACAAGCAGCACGCUGAGGCCCUGCAGAAGGAGCAGAGCAUCACGGACUGUGCGGUGGAGCCCCUGAAGGCCGAGCUGGCUGAGCUGGAGCAGCUGAUCAAGGACCAGCAGGACAGGAUCUGUGCCGUCAAGGCCAACAUCCUGAAGAACGAGGAGAAGAUUCAGAAAAUGGUGUACAGUAUCAGCCUGAGUUCGAGAAGGUGA